GAACCUCAACCGCCACGGCAAUACCCUGACGUCACGCAGACGACGCCCACUCCAUCAUAUUUGAACUAUUGAAGCGUCGCCCAGUCCCACCUCUCUAUAGGUCCAUUGUAGGAUGGAGGUGGGGGCACGGCGAGAGGUGUGGCUGUAGUAAAUCACCGCUGUCAUGGAUGUGUGCGCCACGCCCAUUUACGACAUGGCUUUGGGCGGUUUACACAGUGGAUGGGCGUUGCCCAUAACGUUUGUAAACUAGCGUCCUCCAAUGGGAGCAGCGCGUCGCUGAGCGAGCCAGGAUUGGAGGUGGAGAGGAGGAGACUGUAGUUGUGCGGAAAGCGGCAGUGAGGCUUCAGUCACUGUGCUUCCUUUAUAGCUGCACGAUAGCAAUCUGCGUCCCCAUCCAGCUGCCAGGCCGAGCCUCUAUUCACAGACCACAAUGCCCAAAAGAAAGUCUCCAGAGGGUGCUGAUGCCAAGGAUGCUGGCAAAGUAACUAAACAGGAGCCAACCAGAAGAUCAGCAAGAUUGUCGUCGAAACCUGCCCCUACUAAACCUGAAGCAAAACCAAAAAAAGCUGCAGCCAAGGAGCCAGGAACAAAGGCAAACAAAGGUGCUAAAGGGAAGAAGGAAGAAAAACAAGAAGCUGGAAAGGAAGGUACUGCUCCAUCUGAAAAUGGUGAAAAUAGAAUUGAUGAGAUUCGCAUCUCUCGCUCAACUGUUAAUGUUUCCACAUCCAGAGGUGCCCUGCCCAGCACACUGUCAAUAAAAGGGCAGAUUGAAACAGUGAAGGUUAAGGGUAUGGUAGAUCAUGUUAUUGUGUGCAGUGCAUAGAAAGCUAGUAGUGUGGUGCUAUUUCUGUGUGGAAGCUAAACUUCCAGGCACAGAAAAUUGAAGCAGUGGGUGUCAAAGAAUAAACUGGUCAUGGAAAACUUUCGUUGAUUUUACGUACCUCUUGAAGAACUUUAAGAAAAAAAAAUAUUUUUCUCAAGUAUUUUGUAAAGGCUAAUUUUUUUAGGACUACGGUAGUUUAACUUUUACAUAUAUAUAAUGAACAUUUUCUUGUUCAUGCUUUGCCGAUUUGAUUUUUCUCAUUGUCUGCGAGUUUAAAAAAAAAUAUAAAUAAAAAAAAAAAUAGCAUUAGUGGUGUGCUUGAGGCUAUUUUACAUAUCUUUUAUUGCUUUUAAGAAACCGGUCUUGUGCUUACAGCAAUGGUUUUUGUUUUUUUACUGUGUAUCUAAAUCUUUCCAUGCCAUUUUCUACAGCAAUAAUUAGUGGUGCUUUUGUACUUACAGUUUGUGUGGUUUUGAAAAUGACUAAAUUGUGACCAUCUGCUGGUUUUUUUUUUUGUGUUUUUUUUUUGUGUGUUUUUUUCUUGUGUUUUUUAAUUUUUUGUUUUCAAGUUUGAAAAAUAAACUGUUCCUUUUAA